AUGGCUGUGAGCUCCUGGUCCCCAGAGCUGGGGUUCGGCAGCGAGAAGGCGCUGCAGGCGGCCGCUGUCUCCACCGGCCCCUCCCUGGAAUUAUGCACCUUCCCCUCCACCCUGGGCUCCUCGGUCGCGGCUGCCGCCCUGGAGCAGCUCUUCGUUGUCGAACAAUCACUGCAAAGUGACUACUUUAAAUGCAAUGAAGAAGCUAAGACCUUUCUUAAGGAUGUUGCUAUCGCUGUUAAGAAAUUGGAAGAAAUGAGAAAAUCCACAAUUGAUCUUCUGGAAAUUGAAAGCAUGGAACUCAGCAGACUAUAUUUUGUACGGGAAACUCUUCCCACUAGUGUUAGCAGAGAAUUGGGAGAAUGUGUCAGUGAUGCCCGAAGAUUAAAUCUUGUUGAGAUAAAUCAAUUACACAUGAAAAUUACAAGGAUAAAUGAUGAAAUAGAGUUUCUGAAGAAGAAAAUACUUGAUCUGAAAAAAAUUAAUAAAGCUCUGGGUGAACAGCAAGAGGAACUAGCGAGGCAUUAUGAAAAUGUUGUCCUGUCACUCAACCAUGUGAUGAAAGAAAAAGCCACUACCACGGUUUACAUCAGUGAGACUGAUACCAAAAUUAACUCAGAGAAGAAAGAACUAGAAUUGCAAAAAAGAUAUAUUCAAGAAGUAGAGGAGCAAAUGGAAAGAGAAAAAGCUGAAUAUUUGGAAAAAAAACAAAAAUUGAGUCAAGAGGUUGAUGAAUAUAAAAAACUCUGUGAACUUAAGAGAAAGGAGACUUACAAAAAGAAGAAGGAAUUGGAUAGAUUAAGGCUUAAAAUGACAAAAAUGAGAGAAACCCUUACUACCAGCACAGUGGUUCUUGGUAAUCAGAAUUUAGAGAUAUCACAACUACAAGAAUCAAUGAGACAUUGGGAACAACAGGUUCAAGACAUGAAGAAAUCCUGUAAGAUCCUGGAGGAUAAAAUGCUUUUCUUUAGGAAUAACAAGGAAAAACUGGAUGAUGCAUCUAAUUUUGAAAAACAUGAAUUAUUGCUGAAGAUAAAACAGAUGGCUGAAAAUCUACACAAAUGUCAUUUUGAGAACAAAGAUCUACAAGAGAAACUGAAUACUGUUACGAGAAAAUAUAAGAUUGUCUUCAAUGAGGAGGAUAAAGUUUAUAUGCAGAAACAGAAAAUUUAUUCUGAAAAUCAGAAACAACUGGCAUUUAUAGCUCAGAAAGAAAACUUCCUAUCAAAAAGAAAAGUAGACAUCAAAAAUAUGGAAGAAGGACUUAUCACACUUAAUGAGCUUCAUCGAGCAACAAAAGAAGUAUAUCGGAAACAAAUAAAAGUCCUGAACGAUAACCUGGAAAGAAAAACUCUGAGACGUAUUAUAACUCAGUGGAAAAUAGCUUGUUUGCUAAAAAAACAUGCACGUUGGACCAAAAUGAUAAGGGCUGAAAUACAGGAAAUUAUAGAUAAAAUUCAGGAUGCUGAACUUAGACGCAGUGAAUUAUUACAAGAGACCAGUUUUAGAGAAAAUGAGAUCAAUGAGUUUUUGGCACAGACUGAACAACUUACAUUAGAAUUGAAACAAGAGGAAGAGGAAUUUGUUGCCAAAGAAAAAAAGUUAAUUCGAGAGUUGAGCAAGUAUGAGCAAAGAUUCGCUGAGGAAACACAAAUUAACAAAGAAAAGGAAGGUGAACUAGUCGAGUGUCUUCCACAGCUUCAGGAGGCAGAAGAAGAAUAUAUGGACAAAAUCAGACAGUUUGAAAAUCUCAUUGAUAUUCUUACAGCACAAAAGCAGGAGCAGAAUUUACUGAAUGAUCACAUUUCUAAAUUGUCAAGAGACGUUUUAAGAUACCUUAACAACACGAAUAAAGUGAAGCAAGAAUUAAAACAAUUAAGAGAUCACGAAAGCCAUAAAAUCAAAGCUCAUUUUGAAGUUCUAAAGCACUUAGAAAAUGAAAUCUAUGUACAUCAUCUAAAAACAGAUGAUUUGCUCCUGGAAAAUAAAAGAUUAAAAGAGUAUAUUGCAUACAUAAAGAACAACACAGAGCAACACAGAAAGGGAGGAGAAGACCUCAUGUGCACCUCAAGUGACCUGUCGUCUCAGCUGACAGCUCUUCAGACACAAUAUUCGGAUUUGUGGACUGAAUUUUGGACUACACUUAAGGAAUUGGUAGAGAGUGGUAAUGAGACCUUGCAAGAAAUAAAAAAUCUGAUAGAGAAGCUGUAUGAAAGAGAUGAAAAAAUUGAGCAAAUCAGUAUUUGGCUUCAAGAGGACAUUGAAGAGAUGCGUUUUCUUAUGGAACAGGAAUCAGAGACAGACCUUCUCAAAAAUAAGAAGAAACAGAGUCCUAUCAAAAAAAUCCGUCUCCCAGUGGUUGAAUGUACUAUGAAAAAAAAUCAACGAAGAAAAACUAACAAAAUAACUUAAAGGAUACAACUGCUGUGAAUUUAAAAGGUACAAAACUACAGAAAAAGUGAGUGCAUUUUCUAUUUUGCAACUGUCAAUGGAAGUCUUAAAAGUUUGGGAUUUAACAAACUCACGCAACCCUCACCAAGGAGCAGAAAAAGGAAACAUCCUUCUAAAAAUACAAAUGGAUAAACAUGGUCAGAUUAUUAAGUGCAAAAAUCUUAUUUUGCUCCCAAUAAUGAGUCUCCUGAAGACUUCAGAGCAUAAAAAUCAGCACACGUAUUAACAACCAACCACAGGAAAACUUUAUGUACUGUAUAUAUUCUGUAUUUUGUUAAAUCUAAGAAGCCAUCAAUGGAGAUAUCACAAUGUG